AACUUCUGUUACAGGAUGCUGAUUGACCUCAAACGGUGACAUUGAAAAUCUAACUCAAAGCUCUAGCUUUUGCCAAAAGAUGGGCUCAGUCUAACGGUGGGAAGGGCUCCAUCCAUAGCUAGACAUCUGACGCGUAUCUGCAGCUCUGCACUCAAAAGGCUCCAAAAUCACUAUAUUUCUCCAGAAUGUAUCUGAACCUGUAAAUACUAUAAAAAAACUACAAAACAUAAUAAUCAAACAAUAAUAAAAGGGGAAUAAGCUCAAAGGAGAAGCUGUCCACGUCGGAUUAAUAAUUCAGACCAAUCAUAGAGUUGUAUUGUGCCAUGUCAUCUAUUCCUCACACGUCAAAAAUUAGUUUGAUUACAUCGACUUCAUCUUCCUCCUUUUCCUCGAAGAAACCCAACCGUUUCACCUCUUCUCCUCUGUAACGUUAAAAUUGUGACUCAUAAAGCUUUAUCAUUUAGUUUAAUCACUAUAUAAUCUACCUCUUCACAUCCUAUUUUGCUGAGGAGAAGAAGAACUACGACGUAGAAUCUAUAUUUCCCCGGUCAUACCAAUGUCAUCAACUCUGGAUCUAGUGGUUCGAGGUUCUUGAUGGAUUGCUUGGGAAGCACUGGAGGAAUGUCGGGUUAGCAUUCAACUGCACAUUUCUUCUCUUUGGAUCUGUCAUUCAACUCAUAGCUUGUGCCAUCAACAUAUAUUUACAUAAAUGACAAUCUGGAUAAGAGGACAUGGACAUACAUAUUUGGGGCAUGUUGUGCAACCACAGUCUUCAUCCAUUCCUUCCACAACUACAGGGUUUGGUCUUUUCUUGGACUCUUGAUGACCACUUACACUGCUUGGUACCUCACCAAUGCCUCCAUCCUCCAUGGUCAGAGAAAUAAUGCAUGCGAUGUGGAAGCCGCAGAAGUAUAAGUCUAUUUACCUGUUUGCGACUCUGUACGUUCUGACGCGGACGCUGCCUUCUGCGUCUGCGGUAUAUUGGGCGUUUGGCGAUUUGCUUCUAAACCAUUCAAAUGCAUUCACUCUCCUCCCAAAGAACCUUUUCCGCGACUUUGCAGUGGUGCUCAUGCUCAUCCACCAAUUCAUCACGUUUGGGUUCGCCUGCACGCCUCUAUACUUCGUGUGGGAGAAGCUGAUAGGCAUGCACGAGUGCCAGAGCAUGUGCAAGAGAGCCGCCGCGAGGCUUCCUGUGGUUAUACCCAUCUGGUUUCUGGCAAUCAUAUUCCCUUUCUUCGGUCCCAUUAACUCCACCGUGGGAUCACUCCUCGCCAGCUUCACCGUCAACAUCAUCCCUGCGGUGGCUCACAUCUUCACCUUCCGCUCAUCCGCUGCACGUGAGAACUCUGUGGAGCAGCCGCCGAGGUUUCUAGGAAGGUGGACAGGAGCUUUCACCAUCAACGCAUUCAUUGUGGUGUGGGUGUUCAUAGUUGGAUUUGGGUUUGGUGGUUGGGCCAGUAUGAUAAAUUUUGUUCACCAGAUUGACACAUUCAGACUUUUCACGAAAUGCUACCAGUGUCCUCCACCGGUAAUGGCUUCACCUCCUCCGAUCAGUCAUCCUCAUGUCAACCACACUCGUAGCCUUUGAGCAACAAUGAGCAGACACGGUUGGUGUAUUCCAAGGAGAUAGAUUUGGGUUCGUUUGUAUAGAUCUUUACCAAGGCUCUUUGUUUUUCAAUUUUAGUCGUCAAGUUUUACUAUCGUCUUUGGAAAUUAACGUGGACAACAUCGUAUCUUUUUUUGGUCAAAAGGAUAACAUCGCCCAAAAUACUCCCAACGAAUCGACCGGAAAACUCUUAACUAAUAUCAUAAUUUUAUAAAUACUAAAAUAAAUUGGGUUA